AUGGAUACAGAUGAUGAUACUGUGUAUUUCAUGUUGCUUUCUUGGUAUUGGAUGUUUUUAGCUUCGACAAGAAUAGAAAGGAUAAGCGACUUGAAUUUGACAUUGACCGGUCAUGCAUUUACGCAAGAAUUGUUGCAUGGAUCUUCUUUACAAUGUCAUGAGUUGAUGCGUCUUUCACGGGAAGCAUAUGUACUACUAUGCAACGAUUUUAAACAAAAAAAUUGGUUGCAAAGUAGUCGGUCAAUAAGUGUUGAAGAAAAGUUAGCUAUCUUUUUAACAAUUAUCGGGCACAAUGAGCGGUUUCGAAUGGUUAAAUGUAGAUUUCAACACUCAACAGAAACAAUUCAUAGGUGUUUUCAUGAGGUUCUAAAUGCGAUGAUGAACUUUGUAAGAGAAAUUAUUGUGUCAACAUCUUCUAAUGAAACAGUAAACACAUCAGGACGACAUAGAUGGUUGAAAGAAAUAUUUCCGGGAGCGAUAGGUGCAUUAGAUGGAACUCUUGUACAUACAGUCGUGUCCGCCGGUCAACAAACUCGUUAUAGAGGAAGAGGAAAAGACAAAUAUUACCUUUGUGAUGCCGCAUACACCAACACUCGUGGAUUUAUGGCUCCCUACCGAAUUACGAGGUACUGGUUAUCCGAUUUCUGA